UCCACAAUGUCAGCAAAUUUAAAAAUCAAUACUUUGCUCACGGCACAACAACUGACCAUUCCUAGCCUUAAAAAUUUCAAACUUUACAAUUCCACAAGUUUAGUAAGUGAUGCUACUCCCACAACACCGCCAUAUACACCAUGUGCAAUUGCCAGUCUCAGCCAUAAUAACAGCAGCACUGGCACCACAUAUCAUGUCAGCAAUUGUGCGAUCAUGUCGCCACCUUUGAGCGCCACAGCGGCACAUGAACACUUUCGCGCGCCAAAUUGCAAUCUUAAGGCCUACAAUGUGGACUAUAAUGACUUUAGCAGCGCGGACGUAAAUUUCAGCGAUUUUUCAUUGAGUUAUGCAGCCGAAACACCGAAUUCCGUUUUCAGUGAUUGCAUGGGCAGCGGUGAUAACAACAGUUGCCAUAACAAUAAUAGUGAACAUAACAACAUAUGCUAUGGUGAGCAUGUUGCUGAGGCGGUGGCUGGUGGCGAUGAUGAUGCCGGUGCUGAUGAUGUAGUUAUGCUGCAGUUGCAAAAUUCACAAAACACUUUCAAUGCGCAAUUCAGCAGGGAGGAUGUGUUCCGUUUCGAACCAGAGGAUAUUGCACGCUUAACUGACAAUUCUCAAACACCGUAUACACCGCAAACACCGUAUACACCGCAUACACCUUAUACACCAUAUACGCCUUAUACAACAUUUACGCCGAGUACAAAUCAGCAGGAAACAUUUUUCAGCGCUGAAUGUUUAAAUUUGGACAUUGAAUAUUUUAAUUAUGAUGAAAUAAAUUGUCAAAGUAAGAACCAGUCGCCUUGUUCUUCACCAGCUUUAGAUCCCUGGAUGACACUUAAUUUGGGUGAAACUAUAGCAGCACAAGAAAAGCAACAGCAAGAAAAGAAACAACAACAGCAACAAAAUACAAUAUCACAACAGACCCAGCAUUCACCAAAAUUGAACAAUACCUGUUACAAUUACCAAGGAAACGUUUCGAAUGACAAUAAUGGUAUCAAGCAAGAACUCUUGAGUAGCACACUUGGUUGUUCACAGGCAAAUACAAAACUGCCAUCUAUGCUCUCCACUUUCGGUACACCAAAAUAUGAAGAUGUGCAUAAUUAUGAUUGUUCACAGUAUACUGAACUGCCUAGACAUAUCUAUAGUCCAACAAUUGCAGAUUUCGAACAAGUGGAGCAACAACAGCAACAAGACUUAAAGCAAAAUGUUAACAACCUAAUCUAUAACUACGAGCAUUUGCCUGAGAACUAUCAAUAUAAUAAUUUGCUAACCAUAGAGAAACCCAAUCGUGAGCAUAAAAUAAUUUGGACCAUUGAGGAAUUAGAUGAAAUUAAUGAUGAACUAAUUAGUGAAUUUUGUAGCAACAUACCACAACAGCAACAGCAACAUUGUCAAAUCGAUGAGGAUGAGGAAAAUUUGUUUGAUUACAUAUAUGAUAAAAAUUUUGAAACUGAUGCAAGUUAUAUUGGUGAUGAAGAGGAUAAUGAUUCAGUUUUCCUAACCACAACAACACAAACAAGUUCAGUGGUGACUACAUACCCGCACAAAUCAAAAACCAUGCAAAAGCAUUUACAACAUCAACAAACAGCAAAAAAAUACCAGCAAUAUUCACAUUCACAUUCACAACAACAACAGCAGCAACAACAACAACGCCAGCAACAAAAGCAAAAAUUGAAACAACGUCGACGUCGUCUCUCAUCACAAUCCUCAUGUGUAUCGUCAAGUUCAAAUAACUCCCAACAAAUGCUUUACAGUUCAAACAACAGCGAGCAGCAAAUAGCUGCUUUGUCAUCUGUAGAACAAUCGUCAAUAACAUCGUCAUUAACAACAAUUGCAACUGCAACAGCAGCAGCAACACCAACACCAAUAGUAACGGCAACAUCACCAACACAUACCAUGAUGAAUUCUCAACAAUACCCAAAACCACAACAGCAAUUGAUGCUGCAGUCUGACGUUGCUAUUGACUCGGUGGAGUCAUUGGUUUGCCGCUGGACGGAUUGUAAUGAGAUAUUCGCCAAUCAAGCGGAAUUCGUUGCACACAUUGAGAAGCGUCACGUUGACGUAAAGAAGGGUGAAGAUUUUUCAUGCUUCUGGGUCAACUGCCCACGUCGUUACAAACCGUUUAAUGCACGUUACAAGCUGCUCAUACACAUGCGGGUCCAUAGCGGUGAAAAACCCAAUAAAUGUCCGUUUCCGGGUUGCAAUAAAGCCUUUUCGCGUUUGGAAAAUUUGAAAAUUCAUCAACGUUCACACACUGGCGAACGUCCUUACGGUUGCCAAUACAAAGGCUGCCUUAAAGCGUUUAGUAAUAGUUCAGAUCGAGCGAAACAUCAAAGGACACACUAUGACACGAAACCUUAUGCUUGUCAACUGCCUGGUUGCACCAAACGUUACACUGAUCCAUCCAGUUUACGGAAGCAUGUCAAAAAUCAUGCAUUGCGUAAUGCAAAUGGACAUGUAGGUCGCAGGAAAUCAGCUCAUGCGGUUGCAAAGAAAAGCGGAAGUAAUAUAGCUGCUACAACAGCACAUAUAGCAACAACAAAAUCAAGAAGGCAUUCAGAGUCAUCAUUGGUAGUGAAAGCAAAAAAUUCUACUGGUACCAACAGAAUCAGCAAUGGUAAUAUUAAAAAUAUCAGCAAUGGACUUUUUAUAAAUGAACUGCGUAAUCAACAAUAUCAACAACAACAGCACCAAAAACAACAACAACAACAACGGCAACGUCAACAACGUAGCAACAGUUGCAGUGAAAUGACAACAUCCGCAACAACAAAUAAUAAUUAUGACAUCGUACAAAAGUCAACAACAGAUUCAAAUAUUAUAACCACAACCGCAGCUGCGGUAACAGCAAUAGAAAAAACAACUACUCCGUUAAUAGUGGCGGUGGCUAAUACAAAAUACGACAUAUUCACUAACAAUAUUGCCAACAUUACUAAUAGCAAUAACAACAACAUAUCUGCAACAAUAGCUAAUAACAAUUCAAUGAACUUUAAUGAGCUGUCAAACUGUAUCGUCACCAUUGAACACAAUCAAAAUGGGAAUUCAAUUGCCGAUAACAACAUCGGCAGCGGCAUCGACAACGACAACGACCACGGCAUUGAAAUCGAAAUCGACAAUGAUAACGACAACGACAACGACAACUACAAUGACGACGACAGCAUCAGCGAUAAUGAUUAUGUUGAUAAAAACGACAAUUUAACUGAAUUAACAACAACAACAUAUACGCUGUUAACAGCACAGGAAACGGAUGCGCUUAGCAUAUGUAGCAAUAGUAGCAUUGGCAAUAGCAAUAGCAAUAGCAGCAGUAGUAGUUGUUGUAAUGAAGCAUUAUCACAACUAAAUGAACUUGAACAAUUGUUUAGGCCCGAUGAUAUUACCACAGUGACACAUAAAACAAAAAUUGAACGAAAACUAACAACAGCAGCAGCAACAGCAACAACAUUGCAGUCAAGUAAGAACAACAAUUUUUGCGGUAAUCCAAAUACAAGUUCCAACGCAAAUUUAAAUAUCACAAACGCUAUUAGUAACAAUUCCCACUCCAAUGAGUUUGUCUCAUUUGAAUAUGUUAAAAAGUUGCUAUCGGAAACAUUCGAUUACAUUGGUGACACAUUGACCACCGGCGAUAUUGCACCAAAUGAAUCGAAUUCAAUAGUCAUUAGCGCAAAUAAACAAGAGUGCACGAGUGCAAUGACUACUAAUCCAACAACCAAAUCAACAAUUGUAUUUUCUAAGUCAAAUGCGGUAUUGCCAACACUAACAACAACACCGAUAACAGCAGCGAUUGCAGCAAUUAGUACACAGGACAACGAUAACGCCGAGGACUUUCCAACAUGUUUCGAAAUGGAUUAUUUGAACAAUUUCAUAUGA